ACCAGACCUCGUCAGCUCUCUACCCUCUCUCACUUCAGUUCAGUCCGAGUCUGAAUAGCAGAGGGGAGGCACGCAGUGCCAGGAAAAAAAACAAAACACAAAAACCUCAGGAUAACCCCUCUGUCUCUCAGUUUGGAGUUUGGAGCGACCACAAACCCCAUCAGACCCGCAAGCCGCGCGCGCCGCACCGCACCGCAUCACGCAGUGUGCUAAAGAGAGUGGAGGAAUCUACUGCACAAGAGCUUCAAGGACAAACUUUACUGUCAUCACACUUCUCUUUUAAGUUCAGUUCUAGACGGGAAUCUGUUUUUUUUGUUUGUUUGUUUGUUUUAAAUAGCUAUAUUUGAAAGUAAUGAGUUCGAGUUGAAGAUCUGCGCUCCUGGAAGGAAUCAAAAGUAACAGACUUUUAUCCGGGAAGCAGAUUUAACAUUCAUCUGGGCCAAAUAAAGCAGAACAAGCAGGAUGAGGCGAGUGAUUGGCUGCUUCGCAGUGCUGUUGUUGUCGUCGGUGCUGGCUGUGUUCGGGCAGAAGCUACCCACUCGCGAUGAAGGCCUGUUCCAGAUGCAGAUCCGGGAUAAGGCUCUGUUUCACGACUCGUCUGUAAUUCCCGAUGGAGCUGAGAUUAGUGGAUACCUGUUCAGGGACACGCCGAAGAGGUAUUAUUUUGUAGUGGAGGAGGACAACACGCCGCUGUCGGUGACGGUGACGCCGUGUGACGCUCCACUCGAGUGGCGGCUGACGCUGCAGGAGCUGCCGGAGGAGGCCAGCGGAGACGGAUCAGGUGAGCCGGAGCCUCUGGAGCAGCAGAAGCAGCAGGUGACGGCCAGCGAAGGCACCGAACUCUUCUCUUACAAAGGCAACGAUGUGGAGUCAUUCGUCUCUAGCAGCUCACCUUCAGGCCUUUACCAGCUGGAUAUUCUCUCCACGGAAAAGGACAGCAGCCUGAAGAUCUAUGCCACCACCACGCCAGAAUCAGAUCAGCCCUACCCAGAGCUGCCCUACGACCCCAGAGUGGAUGUCACCAGCCUGGGCCGUACUACCGUCACGCUGGCCUGGAAGCCCACCCCUACCGGCUCACGAAUGGGCCAGCCUGUGCACUACUGCGUGGUCGUCAACAAAGAGCACAACUUCAAGAGCCUGUGCGCCGCGGAGGCCAAGAUGGGUGCUGAUGACUCGUUCAUGGUGGUGCCCAAGCCGGGUCUAGACUUCAGCCCGUUUGAUUUCGCCCGUUUUGGCUUUACUUCGCCAGAGAACGACCUCACUAAGGACCGCCAUCGGUCUCUGAGUGCCAACCGAGUGCCGGCUUCCAAGCCGUGGCGUUCUCCAGGUACCAAUCCCAGGCCCUCGGACAUACGCAAGAUCUGCAUUGGCAACAAGAACAUCUUUACCGUGUCGGGGCUGAGGCCGGCCACACAAUAUUACUUUGACGUGUUUGCUGUCAAUGUAGCCUCCAACGCUAGUACGGCUUACGUCGGGACCUUCGCCCGCACCAAGGAUGAGGCUGAGCCCAAGACUGUCGAGCUGAAGGAUGGAAAGAUGGCUGACAUCUUUGUCGAGAGGAAGGGCAUCAAGCUGCUGCGCUUCGCUCCCGUUUCCUCCCACCGACGUGUUUCCCUUUCUGUCCACUCCUGCUUGGACGCUGUUCACGUUCAGGUACGGCGAGACGGUAAACUCAUGCUCUCACAGAACGUGGAAGGAGUCCGUGAAUUCCAGCUCCGCGCCAAACCCAAGGCCAAGUACCUUAUCCGGGUACGCGGAUCUCGCAAAGGCGCGUCGGCACUGAAGGUGCUAGCAAGCACGCGUGCGGAUACCAAGCGGCCCUUCCCUUCUCUCCCUGAGGAUACGCGAAUCAAAGCCUUUGAUAGACUACGCACGUGCGAAUCUGUCACUGUGGCCUGGCUCGGCACGCAGGAGCGCAACAAGUAUUGCGUGUACCAGCGCGAGGUGCCUGAUGGAUACGGCGAGGAGCAGCGGCGCCGUCAACGCAACCAGUGUGCCGGACCCGAGACGCGUCGCAGGGACGAGAAAGUACUCUGCAAACACUUCCACAGCGCCAACCCGCACAAAGCCGUAACCACCGAAACCAUCACAGGACUGGAGCCGGGCAAGAGCUACGUCCUCGACGUCUACGCCGUUGGUCAUGGCGGACACUCAGUCAAGUACCAGAGCAAACUGGUGAAAACGAGGAAGUACUGCUAAAAUGAAAAUAAAACAUAUAUACAGAAAAAUAAAAUAAAAAAUUCCAACAAAAUAGACUCUGCACAGAAGUAAAUAUAUUAUAUAUAUAAUGAGAGGAAAAGUUUAUUUAACUGGAAGUGAUAUUCUACUAAGUUGUGUUUUUUUUUUUUUUUUUGCUGACUGACUACUUGGUGAGCCUAGUGGCAGAGCUCGAACUGCUUCUAGAGCGAGAUAGAGUCCUGUGUGUUCUUCACAAGUUAACGAGUGCCGUUAACGAGAGGUCCUGGGAGGUUACUCAUCCUGGAAUCAUUCUGCUUUCCGUCGUGUUGUGAGAAACUAUGUUAAACUCAUCUGCAUAUCGUUUGUGAUCGCAUCGACCCCUCCCAAUCCGCUCUCUCACUGAGUACACUCACAUUUAGAAAGAGUUCUUAAGUUAUUUUAUACCUCUUCAUUUUUGUUUUGCUAUUUGAACUGUUUUUUGUUUUUUUUUGGCUUGUUACUUGUUAUAAUUAUUCCUGCUAUGAAAAAAACCCCCCAUGUUGUAAAAUUCCCUGACGAAGUCGGGCGGUUUGUCGAGGUGUUGUCCCCCCCCCCGCUGCCUUUGUCUGUAUAUUAUCUCAUUCUGUGAGUGAAUCGCUUUGGGAUUCUGUAAAUGUGCUCUUCUCUGUGUCCGCUCUGCCUGUCACAUGUACAGAGUGCUUCUGCCAAUAUUCAUGUACAUAAAACCCUAAAUAUAGAGGCCAGUAAUCCCCCCCCCGGUGUGGCUUCUGGUGUUGUCUUUCUCCACAGGGAUUAAUCACUUGCUCAUAAAGAGGCGCACGGAUAGGGAUCAGCACCCGUGUCCUUUAAGCCAUGUCCGGGACGUUGUACGUGGAUUAUGGUACAACAUGUCGAGAGGUUUUAAAAGGGAUAACGUACAUCAUCGAAGACGCACAUAUAUCACACGCAGUCUCAACUGUGGUCCCGUAUGCACGGCGACUUACCGACAUACUUCACCGUAAGCAGGUGAUUUGUCCUGACAAGCAGGACAACGCCAAAAAGAACCAGACUGUCCAUUUUCCACUUAGUCACGACAAGGUGGGAUUUAUUGCCUUCAUCCUUCAUGCAGCCAAUCAGUCCUGAAACCAGACCCAGUCCAGAUGUCGCUGCUAAACUCUUGAUAGCUGGAACUGUCAAGGCGUGCUGAUAUUAUACACAACUUAUACACAACCCCGACAGAUCGGCUCAAACCUCAAACAAGUCGGAACCACACUUUCUUUAGCUCGCUUGCCAAAUCCGGGCCGUGGCGUGCAAAACAAUCUGGCUCGCGCUAGGCUUCCAAACAACCCGAUUCAGGCUUCGUGCGUGUAAGAAUGUACAGGCACGUGAAUAAACAGCGACAUCCAAACCAACGCGUUAACACGAACACUCGUCCCGUCCGGUCACGUCAAAAUUUCUCCUCGUUUUCUAAAAUCUGAGCGAGAGUUGCUGCUAUGAUGCUUGUCUAAAAACCCACCGAUAAUAGGACUAGAUUAAGAUUACGCAAAGCUCACGGGACCGCUUCGAAUACGGUAGUGACGACGGCAAAACAUAAACGGGAAAAAAAAUAUCCUUGUUAGCGACUUCAAGUCAUUUUGAAGAAUGUUCGUGUUUAUGUGAUGCUUGCAUAUCCUCUAAGUCUAAAACCAACUUUAGACUUCCAGUCUCACACACACACAA